UGGCCUCUCCAUACUUGUCUUCUCCACAAGCAUAACGAACCACACACACUUCCAAUAUUCAGUAUUCCCCCUCCGCCCUCCCAUGUCUUCCGAAUUUUGCAAUGUAUGCGGCGGCCCCGCAUGGUGCCGCCGCCACCAAACAGAUCUCAACCGUUCGAUCCCCAUGUUUCUGGAAUCCACGCACGACCAGUCUGACCUCCACGAGUUCCAGUUCUUCGGCCACGACGACUCCGUCGCCGCCUGGAUGUUCGGUGAGCCCAAGUCCGACGAGCCGAGAGAUGGGCAGGCGCUGCCGCUUCCGCCGCCGCCGUUGAAUACGUUCAGAUACUUAGUUGAUGACGACUUACGCGGCGGAUCCGGCCUUACUUUUGAUGUCUGCCUGAGGGCAGCUGGAGUCGACCACGAUCAGCAGCAGCCGCCGCCACCACCGCCUCCCGUCACUUCGUCGGCGGCGGCGGCCGCCUCCAUCAUGCCAUUUUCAAGCAACACGUUCGGCGAUGCUUCGUCGAGCAGUAGCAUGAAGGAUGAGGGUGGUGCCGGCAGUGAGGCCAUGACUUUGAGCUCAGCUGACCCAAGUUUAGAUAGAGAAGCCAAAGUUCUAAGGUACAAAGAGAAGAGGAAGAAAAGGAGGUAUGAGAAGCAAAUAAGAUAUGCUUCUAGAAAAGCUUAUGCAGAGAUGAGGCCAAGGAUUAAGGGAAGGUUUGCGAAAACAUCGGAGACAAGCCAGACGCCGCCGACCUCCGCCUCUUCUUAUGAACAUGAAAGGCUUGAUCUUGGCUGGUAACAUUGUCAAUCGAUUAAGAGGCAAGCAAUUCACAACUAGCUAGGAAUUGAAGAAGGAAUAAUGAAUAAUGGAAUUCUUAAUUGGAUUGUGUUAUUUGCAGUUCUCGCUAGGAAUUUAUUGUGCUUAGCUUGUUUAUAUACUAACCGAACAAAAAAUUGCUAAUGAGCAAGCUGGAAUUUGGAGAUUAUCUGAAUUUUUUAAUUUCUGGGCCAA